AUGCCUCUUCGCGCCAAAGUGACGAACCCUGCCUUUCGCGCAGCUGCUUCGAUGUCUACAAGCCCCGAAAUUCCUCAAGAACUCCCCGGCGACGAGCCUGAUGAUGUCUUGUUCAAUUCCAUCUACGGUCUCCGUAGCAUUGAACUCAACCGACCCAAGAAACUCAACUCACUCAAUGGCUCCAUGGCUCGGAAGAUCCUACCUCGCCUGAAGGAAUGGGAAAAGUCUCAUCUGGCAAACAUGAUUUUGAUCUCCGGAGCUGGCAACAAGGCGCUCUGCGCUGGUGGCGAUGUGGCCGCAUUGGCAUUGCAAAAUGAAAAGGGUGUGGAAGGACAGCGUGAAUCUACGGACUUCUUCGGACUCGAGUACCGCCUCGAUCACACCCUGGCGACAUACCGGAAGCCGGUCAUCUCGUUCAUGGACGGAAUCACAAUGGGCGGCGGUGUUGGUCUGAGCAUGCACGCGCCAUUCCGUAUCGCCACAGAAAAGACCGUCUUUGCCAUGCCCGAGACGACCAUCGGAUUCUUCCCCGAUGUUGGUGGAUCGUUCUUCCUCCCCCGUCUGGACGGAGAGACAGGCACUUAUCUGGCAUUGACGUCGGAGCGAUUGAACGGUGUUCAGGCUCUGUACGCCGGUAUUGCAACCCACUACCUUCACUCGAGUGUGCUCAGCAACAUGACUCAGCGUCUGUCCGAGCUCGUUUUCCCCGACGAGAUGGCUCUGCCCGAACGUCUCAACGUCAUGAACAAGACCAUGGCCGAGUUCUCGCUCGGACUUCCCUCCUUGCAGGAAGAACCCAUUCUGUUGGCUGGGGAGCUACGGUCCGCCAUCGACCGCUGCUUCAAGUUCAACACCAUGGAGGAGAUCUUCCAGGCUCUGGAUAGCGAGACGGAGCAAAAGGAGUGGGCACAGAAGACGCUUAAGACCCUCUCGAGUCGCUCCCCGACCUCUCUGAAGGUCACUCUCCGCCAGAUGCGCCUGGGCAAGAAGUGGAGCAUCACCGAGACAUUUAAGCGGGAAUACGAAAUUGCCGCCAACUUCAUGCGUCACCCCGAUUUCAUCGAGGGUGUCAAGGCUCGCUUGAUGUCCAAGCCCCCUCGUCAGGCUACUUGGCAGCCGGCCACAUUGGCUGAAGUCUCCAACGAGACUGUUGACCAGUUCUUCAAUAUUCCAGAGGGGGAGAACCGGUUGGAGGUCCUGAGUAAAGGAGACUACCAACGCUAUCCCCAUGAGCGUUUCUCCCUACCCUCCGAGGCUGAAAUCGAGAAGGUUGUGCGCGAAAGCGGCCGGAAAGCUAGCCUGAUCGUGGAGGAGUUUGCCGAGAAGUGGAAUUUCAAGGAUGGCGUUCGCGAGAAGGUCUCUGAGGUUCUGGCUCGGCGAACAAAGAAUACGCAUGAGGGUCUUCGUUGGAUCGAAGAGUAG